UCUGCUCUUUGGGUCUCUCGCUGCUGCGGCUCAGGCAUGGCGGUGUCUCUGGGGGAGGUGGCUGCAGUCGGUGGCGCUAGCCGUUUGCGGCGGCAACUGGAGUCCGGGAGUUACGCGGCGGAGGAGUACGUGAAGCAACUGUCCCAGCAGUCGGAUGGGGACCGGGACCUGCAGGAGCACCGGCAGCGCAUUCAGGCGCUGAGCGAGGAGACGGCGCAGAGCCUCAAGCGCAACGUCUACCAGAACUACCGGCAGUUCAUCGAGACGGCCCGCGAGAUCAGCUACCUGGAGAGCGAGAUGUACCAGCUCAGCCACAUCCUCACCGAGCAGAAAGGCAUCAUGGAAACCGUCACCCAGGCCCUGUUGCUGCAGUCCAAUACCGGCGAGCGAGAAGACCCGGCUGUCGCGGGAGCCCGGCGAGCUGCCGCGGCCGCCACCGACCCCCACGCGAACCCUUUCCUGCCUCUCUCCGGCAAGGACGCCUCGGCCAACGAGGAGGGCCGACAGCGAACUCUCACCACCCUCCUGGAGAAAGUGGAGGGCUGCCGAGACCUGCUGCCAGAGAGCCCCGGCAAGUACCUCGUGUACAACGGGGACCUGGUGGAAUACGACGCCGACCACAUGGUGCAGAUUCAGAAAGUGCAUGCUUUCCUUAUGAAUGACUGCUUGCUGGUGGCGGCAUGGCUGCCCAACCGGCGGGGCAUGUACCGUUACGAUGCCCUCUACCCGCUGGAUGGGCUGGCUGUGGUUAAUGUCAAGGACAACCCCCCCAUGAAGGAUAUGUUCAAGUUGCUUAUGUUCCCCGAGAGUCGCAUCUUCCAAGCUGAGAAUGCCAAGAUCAAGAAAGAGUGGUUGGAAGUGUUGGAGGAGGCAAAAAGAAAUCGAGUUCUCAGUGAGAAACGAAGGCUGGAGCAGGAGGUGCCAAUGCGGACUCUUCCAGUGCCUGCUGAGACUACAAAUCCUUUUGAAGUAGACGAGGAAGAGGAGGAGGAGGAGGAGGAAGAAAAGAAGGCAAUACCGGAAGAAGAAAUGGUGGAUCUGUCAUUAGAAUGGAUUCAGGAACUGCCAGAAGACUUGGAUGUCUGCAUUGCUCAGAGAGACUUUGAAGGGGCAGUUGAUUUGUUAGAUAAGCUGAAGGAAUAUCUGAGUGACAAACCUGUGACCCAGAUGGUUAAAGAAUUGCGAGCAAAGGUAGAUGAAAGAGUCCGCCAGCUCACUGAGGUCCUUGUGUUUGAAUUGUCUCCAGAUAGGUCUCUCCGAGGAGGGCCCAGAGCUACCCGACGAGCUGUUUCUCAGCUCAUUCGCUUGGGCCAGUCAACUAAAGCAUGUGAACUUUUCUUGAAAAAUAGGGAAGCUGCUGUUCACACAGCCAUCCGACAGUUGCGCAUUGAGGGUGCCACUUUGCUGUAUAUUCACAAACUUUGUCAUGUCUUCUUUACCAGCCUGUUAGAGACUGCAAGAGAGUUUCAGACUGACUUUGCUGGAAACAGUGGGUGUUACUCAGCUUUUGUGGUCUGGGCCCGGUCUACCAUGCGCAUGUUUGUAGAUGCAUUCAGCAAACAGGUGUUUGAUAGUAAGGAGAGUUUAUCUACUGCUGCUGAGUGUGUAAAGGUGGCCAAGGAACAUUGUAAGCAACUCAGCAAUAUUGGUCUGGAUUUGACCUUCAUUAUUCAUGCCCUAUUAGUAAAAGAUAUCAAAGGAGCUUUGCAGAGCUACAAAGAUAUCAUAAUUGAGGCCACAAAACAUCGUAACUCUGAAGAGAUGUGGAGAAGAAUGAACCUGAUGACUCCUGAAGCCUUAGGGAAGCUUAGAGAGGAAAUGAGGAGCUGUGGUGUGACCAGUUUUGACCAGUACACUGGAGAUGACUGCUGGGUGAAUCUUAGCUACACUGUUGUGGCUUUCACGAAACAGACCAUGGCUUUCUUGGAAGAAGCUCUCAAGUUGUAUUUCCCUGAGCUGCACAUGGUUCUGCUAGAAAGUCUAAUGGAGAUAAUCCUUGUGGCCAUCCAACAUGUUGAUUACAGUUUACGGUGUGAACAGGAUCCUGAGAAGAAAGCAUUCAUCAGGCAAAAUGCAUCUUUUCUCUAUGAAACUGUUCUUCCUGUUGUGGAAAAAAGAUUUGAGGAAGGUGUUGGAAAGCCUGCUAAGCAGUUGCAGGAUCUGAGGAAUGUUUCACGACUAAUGCGUAUUAAUCCUGAAAGUACUACCUCAGUGGUGUGACAUGUAAUGCCUCAAUAGUUUUUAUAUAAAGAUUGUAUAUAUUUGUGUACAUACAUACAUAAACUAAUGAUUAUCAAAUAUAGCAAAGCUCUCAUAAGUUAAUUAUGUUUGGCAAAUACAAGAGACAGAAAAUAAAAGAAAGCAAAUAUUGUAGUGUGAAAGCUCAAGUAACAUCUCUUUUUUGAAGGUCUGAUGGUGACUGUUUAAAUUUCAAGACAUCCUAUGAUGACAUCUGCUUAUGUUAAUAAAUAAUGUUAUUUAAAUAUAUAUGUAAUUAGGUGCUCAAGAAAAAACUUCUGAUCCUUUUUAGGAAUGUAAAUUAUGAGAUGCAUCUAGAUUUCUUCAUAUUAGGUAGGGGUAUACAUGAAAUAGGAAAAAUGUUUUAAACUAUCUGCUGUAUUCCAAGUGUUCUGUUGAAUUGUUCCAUAUCACCCACAGUUUAGCCAGAACCCAAACCCAGAAUACUUUGGUUAUUCUGGGUUUCAGAUGGCACAAAAUCCAAGUGGGCCAAAUAGGGUUAUAGUAUGUAUUACUCCUCUUUCCCUUUCGUCUCCCUCAAUGCUUCCCAGUGAGCCAUAGCUCAUCAUACUGAGAACAGCCAAUAGGAGGAAGGGAAAGGGGAGAUCUGCACCACCCCUUUCCCAGUACUUUCCCUUUAAGCCAUCUCCAGUGUUCUAGUAGAGCAUAUAUCAGUGGCCCUUAUCCCUAUUUCCCUGGCACUUCCCUCUUCUUUGCCAUUACUGACAUUCCAGAAUGGCAUGUAGCACUUGUUUGCCUUUCUCGCUGAUUGGCCCAGGAUUUGCCUUCCCUUCAGGUGCCAGGGUUCCUGCAUGUCUCUCUCCCCCCCCAACCCAAAGAUCAUUUCUGCCUGAAACAAAACAACUCUUGUUUGCUGUUCACAAUUCAUCAAGCCAAAACAUGCAUAUCAGUUUGGGCAUUGGCCUCUAAAGCUGGCUAUAGUGCAGGAAACAAAGCAGUCUUGCAUAAACCCCUCUCAGAUGAUGAGGAAAUACUACAAAAGCUGCAAUCAAUAGUUUGGUUCAAAAGAAUCCAGCUUAAAAAAUCUUUGAAAAUUAACAUUCAGCAUGGGGUCUGCACUCUUAAUGAUAGCAUUUCUAUUGUACACAUAUUUUUGUCAAUAAUAAAUGCUACUUGAAGCAUAAAAUUUGUUUCUUUUUGAUUUUCAGCAGGUGAAGAAUAAUUUCAAAUAAUAUAAUAGUUGUCUCAAAAAGGUAAGCCUGCCACUAUUUCUGAAUUUUGCUGCAGUUUUGCCAGUGCUUCCUGACAUCACUGAAGCCAAAUCUACUUUUUAAAAAAUGAAACUCUUCUUAGUUAGAAAUGGAAAGUGCUAUAACUAACCACAAAAGUUGUGCUUGAUCCAAGUUUUCAUGUACCCAUCUACACAUAUCCUUUCAAUUGCAAACAGUGAUGUUAAUUUGAGAGAAGAUAUGUAAUCUAUUCAGUUCAUUAUGUCUUUUAUGUGGUCAUCAGUGAUCAGUUGAAACUAGAAAGAAAUGGAGAACAGUUUUACAAUGUUAAGAAAUCUGAUUCUCUGAAAAUUCCAUGAUGUGAAAAAUCACCCACGUACAACUAAGUAGUGAAGGAUGGAACAUUUAGGGUACGGCAAGAAGAAAUUGGAUGGAGGCUUAUCUGAAUUAAAAAAAAUAAAAAUUUACCCAGGCAAUUCAUCAUGUAAAAUUGUAGUAACUCCAUAGUUUUGCCCACAGUGAUUAUGUAUUAAUAUGGGUAGAGGGUUAGAUUUGUUUCUCUUUUUAAAGAAAAAAAUACGCUAAACAAGGUAAAUGCCUAUUGAAGGAAUCCCUAUCAAAAUAUACUGGUGUAAUAUAAUUAUCUAAUGAGCACUAAGCCAGAAUGAAUAACUCCAGAAAAGUGCUCCAAUUUGUUGACGAGAACAACAUUAUGUUCAGUAGAAUGUAAAAUUAAAUGCUACGUUGAAAAUAUUAAAGACUUGCUACUACUAUGUUGUGGCCUUUAAAAUUGUGGCAUGGAGAUUGGGUGAAUUGACUUUGCCAUUUAAACAAAUACUCCAGAAAAAAGAGGCAAGGGGAAAAUUAUUUUUACCUCACGUUUAUAGUUGAGUCAAACUAUAUGAAUGUGGGACGAUUGUACAUGUUCUGUUCUAGCUGACGGUCACGGAAAAACAUUUAUUAGCAGAAUAUCUGCAUCUUUCUCCAGAGGAAUGUGGGUAUAAAAAUGUUUUGAACAUAACCAAUCUAAUAUUCACUGGAGAUAUAUAGGCCUGCAUUUCAGAGGACACAAAAUUAAAUUCUGCCACUUUAUUUGCUGCAACAAAAGAAAGGCCCCAAUGCUGAGGGUUAUAGCAGUUUCAUGCCUCUUGUAUAGAUAGAAUGACACUUAGGACUUUGCUUACAGCAGCCUCAGCAGACCAAAGAAGCUACAAUUUAAUUGGAGGGAAGUCUAUAGGGUAGAUCUGGGUAUCUGAACAAUACUAAAUAGUUGGAAUUUAGGAAUUUAUUUAUGCCAUGCCCUAAGAAUGCAUGCAGACUUAAUGAAAGGAAACACUGCCCAAUGUCCAGGUUUUUUAUUUAAUACUUUGUCAUACUUUGCACCCCUUCUCUUUUCCCCCACAGUAACAAUCCUGUUAAGUAAGCUGGGCUGAGACAAAUUGACCCAAGGUUAUCUAAGAAACCUCUCUGGCAUAUAUAAGUCUGCUUCAUAUUCACUCACUUGAACUUGAUACGAAGUAUGGAAUUGAGGACGGUUUUAAAUAUUGACACUUGCUCUUCAUUAAUCAAAGCCCAAAGGAAGCCUGAUAAUGUUGCAGAGCACCAAUUUUGAACUCAUGUUUACAAGAGUAAAAAAAAAAUUCAGGCCUAAAAACAUUUAAGAAAAAAAUGGAGGUUGGCUGUCAUCCAAUGUUUUAUGUAAGGAACCAUGAUUACCUAUCCAACUACACAAAAAGGUAAAAUUGAUGCUGUCCUAAAGGCAGCAACAGACAGCUACCUUGUUAGCCUUUUUUUAAUUAAUAAAUUUUAUAAUUGUCCAUUAUGACAGCUGUUUUGUGAAAGACCAACCUCCCAUUUGGUGAAUUGCCUGUAACAUGCCCACAAAAUUUCAAUUCACCAAAAUGCUAAUAAGCACUCCCCAAAGAUAGGAAAGACCCUUUUUAAAGACAGGUUUAUAAAAGGAAUAGAUGCCUUUAUGGAGAAAAAGCUUAUCCAGUGCUAUUAGCCAUGAUGCUGGGCUGGAGAUGAGACUUGACGCUAUGGAUCUUGGAUUGAUUUAUGGAAAGCAUUCUUAAUAAACUUAAAUUUGUGAGAUGCAGAGAUUAAGAUUGCUAAAUCCACAUUUUCACCAUCAUGGUGACACAAAUUAUUAUGCCAAUGUUCAGCUGCUAAUUAGAUCAGGCACAAGCCUUGUCAGACACUAUUAACUACUUAUGUUCUGCACUGAAGCCUGAAAUGACACAUUAAAUGCUUAUACGAAUAAUGCUAUGACCUCCAGAUGAAUGAAAUUAACUGUGUUCAACCAUUUAUCAUUUAUGUCCAUUGGUUACCUAUUUAUUUGAUCAGCAUAACUACUUAGGGAGACAACUAGAAAAUGAUACAUAUUUAUCUCAUGCAGUAUUUUGCUGUAGGGCAUAGCUUUAAUUCUAAUAUUUUUGAACCUCUGAAAUAAUUGCUUUUAUCUUUUGGUCAGACAUUAUUUGGUCAGUUAGUAACCAUUCAAGAAAACAUUUGAAUAUCACUUUACUUCAAAGACUGAUUUUCAAAACAUAGUUUCUUCUCUAAUAUUUAUCCUCAUAUUCAACAUACAAAAUGCAAAAAAAACCAGUCCUAUUCUUACCAACAUGUUGGUAUCUCUGAUAAUACAGGGGAUUCAUUCUUGUUUGUUUCAAAAUCUGCCUCUAAUUUGGUUCAGGAUACUGUAUCCUAGCAAAUGUGUGGAUAUGUUGGCUAAUAUACAAUCAUUCAGAAAUUCUGGCACAAACCAUCAUAUUAGUUUACUUUUUCCACAGGUUACAAGUCAGGAUAUUUGCUUCAUUGCAAACUUCAAAUGUGUAAUCAGAUAACUUUUGUGGUUGGUUAGUUUUUAAUUUAAUUAUAUAAUAGUUAUAAUACUGAAUAAAUCAUUAUGUAUUGUGGUAUGAACAUUAUGGAACAAUCAAAAUUAAGGCAUUUUACCUUGUUAUAAUUAAGGUUUGAUAUUUACAAAUUUAAAAAAAACCAGAAGGUAGGGAGCAAUGUUUAUUUUAAUUUUUUUAAAGGUAAUCUUUGUUUGCAGAUGACCACGUUUAGGGUUACCAUGGAUUUCACAGUAAAUUGCAUCAAGAUUCUUUGCAUGGUUUUCCUGGAUUUUAUGGAAACGUUUGGAGGCCUAUCAAUAUUCUCCAUGUUAAGUUUCCCUCAUAAUGGCAGAAAACCUUGUCACCAAUUUUCAGCAAUCACAGUUAGAGAAGGUUUCAAGUUACCCAUUCUUGUUUUAAAAGGACAUGUAUCUUAGAUCUCCACAGUUGCUCACUAUAGAUUACUUAUUGAUAUUCAUAAUUUAAUUGGUGAAUCAUCAUCAAUAGCUACAUGCAAUAAAAUUAGGCAGAUAGUUAAAUUGGUGAUUAAUAAUAAACUAAAUUAUCAGUAGCUACAUGCAAGAAAAUUAGACAGCCUGUCUCAAAUCAGAUACUGAUGAACUAAACUCCCAGCAAUCGUCUUGAUUAUGGUUCCUAGGAAUUGUAAGGCACAACAACUAGCAACCUCUGAUACCUAUGCUUAGCCGACCAGCUUUGAGUAUCAGCUGUGGGGAGUCUUGGCAUGCACUGAGCUAGUUUGACUUUUGUCCCAUCAUCUUAUAGUUUCCAGAGUAGUUGUUUGGAAAUCUUUGGUCUGUCCAAUCAGCUGUGGUUUAAAACACUGGCUGUAUCAUGCUGAGAUAAAACACUGGCUAAUCGCUGGCUUAGAGUAUUUUGCAAAGUCAACCAGUAUUACAGGUUACAGUUCAAUCAAUUUGGGUUUAAUUCAGUAAACAAUUAUUCUCUUAAUUAUAGAUUAGCAUGUAUGAACACCGGCCAUUGGUCAAUCAAACAUAAGCAAUAGAUGAUCUGUGCAGCAGGUGGCAGUCUUCUCCCUCUAAACUAAAGCAGCUGAAUAAGUAAAAUGUGCCAACAAUUAGUGGACACAAUUUACAUCUAACUUGCAACACAGAGGACAUCAUGAUAGCAAUCAUUUUUGUAUAUUUGAAGUAGUAUGAUAACAUUGUAACAGAGAUAGCUAUAAUGCAAUGGUGCAUAAUAUAAUUUAUUAGGUCAAUUUUAAUAAGAAAAAACCUUCAAUCUGUUGCUGUCCAGACCGAAUAGGAUCUGGAAAAGUGAUGAAAUGUUAUUGAUAAUUAAAUGCUUCAAUAAACAACACU